AUGGCUGCUCCGUUUUUCUCAACUCCAUUUCAGCCUUACGUCUAUCAGAGCCAAGAAGAUACGAUUACACCUUUCCAAAUUCUUGGUGGUGAAGCACAGGUUGUUCAGAUAAUGUUAAAACCACAGGAAAGGGUCAUUGCUAAGCCUGGUUCCAUGUGCUACAUGUCUGGCUCCAUUGAGAUGGAGAAUACUUAUACCCCUGAACAAGAAGUUGGAGUUGUACAAUGGAUUCUAGGCAAGAGUGUUAGCAGCGUAGCUCUUCGCAACACCGGCCAAAACGAUGGAUUUGUCGGUAUUGCUGCACCUUCUUUGGCAAGGAUUCUUCCGGUUGAUUUGGCAAUGUUUGGUGGGGAAAUCCUAUGCCAGCCAGAUGCAUUUCUCUGUUCUGUCCAUGAUGUGAAGGUCGUAAACACUGUUUUCCAGAGACAUAGAGCUAGAAACAUUGCUGCAGCUGGCGCUGAGGGGGUCCUGAGACAAAGGCUAUCUGGCCAGGGUCUCGCUUUUAUUAUCGCCGGUGGCUCUGUUGUACAGAAAAUCCUGGAGGUGGGAGAAGUUCUCACCAUUGAUGUUGCUUGCAUUGCCGCUCUCACUCCCUCGAUCAAUUUCCAAAUCAAAUACCAUGCGGCAUCUGUAAGACGGGCUGUGUUCGGGGGUGAUAAUGUAGUAACAGCGACCCUGACGGGACCAGGCAUUGUGUUCAUCCAAAGUUUACCGUUUCAUAGGCUCUCCCAGCGAAUCGCAAGGUCGGUGACCUCUCCAAACAUGAGAGAAAAUCCAAGAGUAUUGGUUCAAAUAGGAUUAUUCAUAUUCCUUGCAUACGUUGUGAUUGCAUCUUCUCUGAUCCUUACCGAAAUGUGA